AUGGCUAGCGGCAUCAACGAAGGAGACGAGCGUCUCGUCUUUGAAUCCUCUGAAGCAAUUUCCGUCGUUCCAACGUUUGACCAGCUCGGACUCAAAGAGGAUCUCCUCCGUGGCAUUUACGCGUACAACUUUGAGCGCCCUUCUGCAAUCCAGCAGCGUGCCAUCGUGCCAAUUGUCAAAGGGCGCGACGUGAUCGCGCAGGCCCAGAGUGGAACUGGUAAAACAGCCACAUUCUCCAUUUCAAUCCUUCAAUCAAUCGACACAAACCUACGAGAAACCCAAGCGCUCGUUCUCUCACCAACAAGAGAGCUGGCGACGCAAAUCCAGUCGGUCAUUCUCGCGUUGGGGGAUUACAUGAACGUGCAAUGCCACGCGUGUAUUGGGGGGACUUCCAUUGGAGAGGAUAUUCGCAAGCUCGACUAUGGACAACACGUCGUGAGCGGCACCCCUGGACGAGUGUUUGACAUGAUUCGUCGCCGAAAUCUCAGGACCAGAAACAUCAAAAUGCUCGUUCUUGACGAGGCAGACGAAAUGCUGUCCCGUGGCUUCAGAGAGCAAAUCUACGACGUCUAUCGCUACCUACCCCCAGCAACACAGGUUGUCCUUCUCUCUGCUACACUCCCAUACGACGUCCUGGAGAUGACGACCAAGUUUAUGACCGACCCUAUUCGAAUCUUGGUCAAGCGUGAUGAACUGACGCUGGAAGGCAUCAAGCAGUUCUUCGUCGCUGUCGAAAAGGAGGAAUGGAAGUUUGAUACAUUGUGCGACUUGUACGACACAUUGACCAUUACCCAAGCCGUCAUCUUUUGCAACACUAGGCGAAAGGUUGACUGGUUGACCGAGAAGAUGCGAGGCGCCAAUUUCACAGUGUCGAGCAUGCACGGAGAAAUGGUCCAGAAGGAACGAGAUGCAAUCAUGUCAGAGUUCCGUGGUGGUACUAGCCGAGUUUUGAUCACCACCGAUGUCUGGGCCCGCGGCAUUGAUGUGCAGCAGGUCUCUCUUGUCAUCAACUAUGAUCUUCCUGCAAAUCGUGAAAAUUAUAUCCACCGUAUUGGUCGUUCCGGUCGCUUUGGGCGCAAGGGUGUUGCUAUCAACUUUGUCACCAUUGAAGACGUCAAAAUCUUGCGAGACAUUGAACAGUUCUACUCGACUCAAAUUGAUGAAAUGCCAGUCAAUGCGGCAGAGCUCAUCUGA